AUGACUAAUCUGACGAAGAAUCGUAGUUCCUACACCUUGCGUGGCGUCUCCCGGUCCAACACGGCUUGCGCGAAUCUUCUUUUGAUCCAGUCGACUCGUGCAAGUCGCCCGAUCCGAGAGAGCGGCGCCUUGCGCGACUUCCCAGACGGAAAGGAGAGGUAUUCCUUGAAGAAGCCGUUAUCCCACCGGGGUUUCUCCGUUAAACUACUUUGGUCAACGCUCCGCAUCAUUUACGCGAGGCCAAAAUCCGAGAUAGAAGAAACUCACGUGAAAGUAGGGAUUAGGGGAGCUCCCUUGUCGACCAAGGAAAACGGGUCGGUUGAUUGUAGCAAGCGAGGCGAUACGGUCCGAGCGCCCGACGAAUCGUGGAUCGCUAAAUGCUUAACACAUACCUUGCCCGAACCUCGGAUCGCCUCACCAACAUCGCCGAAAUGGGAUAGGAGGCUUGGUUGA